AUGCCUUCCGGCCGCAGAUCUGGCCGCUUCAAAGGUCCCAGGGCGGUUUACAUUGAUGAUCCAUUUAAGGCAGCUGGGAUCAGUGAUGAUGAAGACUCCGUCAACCAGGAGAGUUCUCGCAAGGGGGAAAAGAAGCGAGCCUCGACAGAAGAUUCAGCGUCAGAUAAUGAAUUUGUUGCUGGCUCGGGUGAAGAAGCUGAUGAGGGGAUUGAGGAAGAAGACGAGCUAGAAGAUGAGCCCGAAGAGGAGGUAGAAGAAGAAUCUGGACUAGAAGCGGAUGCCUCUGACCCCGAAGAAAUGGAGGUCGACGGCAUCGAGAAUACUCCUAGGAAAGAGCGCUCGAUCCCGUUCCAACACGACGUGAGCGUCAAAAAGCGAAGGGCUGAUGGAACAGUUGUGCCAUCCGCGGAAGAGACGCACACUCGUGGCAUAAUCGAACCCAGAGAUCACUUGUCCAAAGGCACUUAUUACACUCUCACUUUCGGUUCUGACGAUCGAGACCUGAUGCCAGCCGUCCACUUCCGAAUGCGAUGGAACAAGGGCAUAGAUGCAGUUUUUCCGUCUCGCUACACCUUGGAGGAGACGGAAAAGAAGCCUGAAUACCUGUACGGGCCCACUUUUGGGGUUCACCCAGAUGAUGCUAUGAAAGAAAGCACUCGUGGAUGGGACUGGUACUAUGACCAGAACACUGGGGAGAGAUUCCGGAAAAGACAGCGCAUUGAGACGAUUGAAGAGUCAAUGGCGUUCCAAAAUUACCUCCCUCAGCCAGAUACGCGAAAACAUGGCAUUUUACUGGGGCCGCAUGAUAAUCAGCAACUAUUCGAACUGGGAUAUCAUGAGUCUUUUGACUACGGAAAGGUCUGGGAGAAACCAGGAUCUAAAGUAGCUGGAUCAGGAACUGGGACUAAAAGGAUUCGGGAAGGUUGGAUGUUAAACAUCGGUCAAAAGGCCCAUUGCAUGACUUGGGCUCCAAACCAGAAUGGUCUCACCCAGUAUCUUGCUGUGGCGGCGCCGAUCACAGAAGAUCAGAAAACCCAGUACAAAUCUGAAGAAAGUGAGCCUAUCUCAUCGUUUCAACCCUCGGAGCCUUUUCCUAGCGCACUGCAGAUUUGGGAGUUCAAAGCCAAACCGAGUGAGAGUCCUACAAUGACCCUCGAUAUGGAAUCCAAACCCCGGCUUCGACAAGUCUUGUGUGCUGACUGGGGGGACUUGAGACGCAUGGUAUGGUGCAAUUUGCCGCGGACCGAACGAGUGGAGGACGAAGAAGAAGAACAGGCAUCAAUUGGUUUACUCGCAACAGUUUGGGGAGAUGGACGUGUUAGAGUUUUGGAUAUCAAAACAAGUAGAGGGUCACAAGAAACCGAAUUCCUCAAAAUCAAAUCGCCUGCGUUCGAAGCAAAACCGCCAUCAACAGUUUGCACAUGUGUCACUUGGCUAUCCCCCAGUGAUCUUGCAGUGGGCUGCGGUAAUGGCUUUGUGGCUAUUUGGAAUAUCGAACCCACCUCUGCGUCUGAACCUACACCUUAUUUCUAUCGCCCACUCCACGCCACCUACAUACUCAAUAUCACAUCGGCAUACCCGGUCCACCCCCAACUAAUAUUCACCGUUUCUAUGGACGGCGAAACAAGAAUGUGGUCGGUCCUCGACCCCACCAGUGAAAUGGCCUCAACGGGCCGCAUGCGAGGGGCCUCUCCCUACAUCAGUUAUUCUCCCAUCUGCCAGUCCGUUCUUGCCGGGGAUGAAAAUGAAUUCGCUCGUGUGAUUCCAAUUCGACGAUUCUUUACCACCACCACCAUUGCGCGGCUCAGCAGCACCAUAUCGGCCAUGGCGCAAUGCAGCAACCAUCACCCCUGUGCCCUAUUUGGCAGUACCGCAGGUGAGGUCGUAGGAACAAAUCCCUUCCGACGAGUGGUUUACAACAAGGAACAAAUCUGGCAGCAGAUAUGGUUUACACAUGAAUGGAUUCCCACCUCCAAGACAGACACUGUGGGUACUAGUCGGUUUCAUGACGGAUACCGGGCAGAGAACCAGAAGCUGGCAACGCACAAGCUGUUCGAGACCAACCCCGUCAAUGGGAUGGGGACCUCAACGAUCUACGAAGAAAACACUCAUGUCACAGCCAUCGGGUGGAACCCCAACCGCCCUUGUGCAGCGUGGGCCAGCGCUGCGCUGGGGUGUGGAUUGGUAAGAGUGGAAGACCUUGCCGUCUAG